CUUGUCAGUGUCACAUCUCUCAGAAUGGCAGCGCCGGCCCUUUUUUCACUCUGACACUCUGUUUCCUGUGCAGACGUUCAGUCGCUCUACACCAUCAACAAUAUGGCCAUAUGCAGAAAAGACAGCUUCCUUUGGGGGAAAGCCCCACCGAAAAUCACGCAGGCGGAGAGAAGGCCGAGUGAAACCAUCAAGAUUCACAAGUUUGAGCUGCUGGAUGACAUCCAGAAGCUGAGGCUGGAGAUCAAUCACAUCAUGCCAGAAAUCCACAGCUCUGAACAGAAGGAGCAGAAUAAAAAGGUUGUGAAGAACAGAAGAUUCUUACGUGGGAAAAAGAAAUUCAACAUGGACCCCAAAAUGGGCGUCCAUUACCUGGUUGAAAACGACCUGCUGGAAUGGCGAGCAGAGUCAGUGGCCGAGUUUCUUUACAAAGAGGAGGGACUGAACAAGACCGCCAUUGGAAAUUUUCUGGGAGAGAGGGAGGAGAUUUAUCUGAAGAUACUGAAAGCCUUCGUGGACUUGCAUGAAUUCUCAGACCUGAAUCUGGUGCAGGCGCUGAGGCAGUUCCUCUGGAGCUUUCGUCUCCCGGGAGAAGCUCAGAAGAUUGACAGGAUGAUGGAGGCGUUUGCAACUCGCUACUGUGACUGUAACCCAGGGGUCUUCGAGUCCACAGACACCUGCUACAUCCUGUCUUUUGCCAUCAUCAUGCUCAACACGAGUCUCCACAACCCCAACGUGAAAGACAAACCCAGUCUGCAGCGAUUCUUCUCUAUGAACAGUGGCAUCAACAACGGGAAAGACCUGCCCACCGAGCUGCUCACGAAACUGUACACGAGUAUCCGCAGCGAGCCGUUUAAAAUCCCAGAGGACGAUGGGAACGACCUCACGCUGACGUUUUUUAAUCCAGACAGAGAGGGCUGGCUCCUUAAAAUGGGUGGCCGUGUUAAAACCUGGAAGAGGAGGUGGUUUAUUUUGACAGACAGCUGCCUGUACUACUUUGAGUACACCACAGAUAAAGACCCGAUCGGGAUUAUUCCUCUGGAGAACCUGUGUGUCAGGGAGCUGCAAGACACAAGCAAACCGUAUUGUCUGGAGUUAUAUAACCCCAAAGGACAAAAGAUCAAGGCCUGCAAGACGGAGAACAAAGGCCGAGUGGUGCAGGGUAAACACCAGUCCUAUAAGCUGAGCGCGGCCAGCACGGAAGAGCGGGACAACUGGAUCCACGCAAUCAGGGCGAGCAUCACCAAAGACCCGUUCUACGACCUGGUGUCUCUACGUAAGAGGAAGGUCAUUAGCAACACGUCCUCAUAGAAACUGAAACUCCAGACAUCAGUGGAAACAACAUCUGAGCAUUUUAUGGAUUAAUCAUCCCGAGUCUGUUCAACUUCAUCACACUUCAUUUCACAGAAAUGUCUGAAUUGGGAAGUGGCACUUUGUGAACUAUUUGUGGCUUGCAGUGUAAAGUCUUCACAUUACUUCUGCAAACUGCACGCACUACUGCUCCGGGUUCAGGGGCCGACACAUAUCUGCUGCAGAGGCACAGCCCGAGGGGUGGCAAAGACCCCCCAUGGUGCCCCCCCGACUGACCUUCUAUAUGAGGUGACUUAUUGCUGGAAAGUCAAAUGACCACAAAGCCAUGCAAACAAGUCAAAACAAACACAAUUUGACUACAAAGAGAUGCCAAUAAAACACCACAAAGCUAGAAAGAAGCAUAAAUAAUCUCAAAACGACCACAGAAAGACACAAAUUAGCCA